AUGUGGGUGCAGCGCCGGAGGCUCCGCGUUUGCGGAGGGACCGGAGAGACUGCCUAUAUGCCCGAUGGAGACAGAUCCUGGCCAGAUACCUUUCCGGUGCUCAAUAUGAAGAUCUACGACACAUACUGCCAAACGCAGGACGUGAUAUCGGAACAGGUCGAGAACCCUUUGAAUGCUUUGGAGAUUCUCGAGGGGCAGGUGGCGCCGGGUCACCCCAUCAUGGCCUAUGAGGAGGCCAAUCCAGCGGUUCGUAUCUUGACUCCGAGACAGAAGUGGAAAGCCAGCUUUUUGGCCUAUUUCAUGGGGGCUGCGUGCCGAGGACAGCUCUCGAUCAUGAAGCAGUCAGGCGACGAGAGCUAUGCGGCCUCUCUCGCUGACCAGAAUUGUUGGCAAAUUAAGGCAAGCAAACGCUUGACCUACACGCUUCGCCGGAAUCAUGAUCUGAGCCUUGGCCGCUACAACGAUGCUCUCGUUGAGAACAUUGACCGCGAGCUGCAGGCAUUUCGCUGGGCGCCUCAUAAGAUCUUGGGUUUCCUUCUUGGGAAUACCAAGACGAGGUUCGCAGUUCUUGUUCAACUUCGUCGUCUGCACUACGACGACAUCCCGAGCAUCGACUCAUGGUAUACAUCCAAGGGCACUCUAGGGUGUCCGAGACAGCGGCUCCUUCGACUCUUGGACUCCUUCGACUCUUGGAGAGAUUGGGAAGGCAUCAGAGAUCACGGGCUGGUCUUGGGCAAGGCCCGAGAGGCUGGCCGCGUCGCUAUCCGCAUGGCUUAUGCCGAUGGCACAGAGGCACCGCGUUAUGGGACGCAUAUCUCGUACGGCCGUCAUCUGUUCUACUGCAAUAUGAAGUAUGAGAAGCUCUUUUCGGAUGGCUACUCGCUUUACCUUGCAGACAACGGG